AUGGGUCUCACAUCUGAAGAUGGGCACAAACUUGGUGACAUUGCUGUGGAGCCUUACUGCAAGUUGAACAAGAAGAACCAAACUCGCUUCAAGGCUCAGAAUUCCAUCAUGGUAGAUGAAGUGAAGAGAAGGAGCAUAGAACUGGGCCACAAGAAGCAAGUUCGCCCCAGCAACUGGAAGCAAGGCCAACUGAAGACUUGGCUCAAUGACAAUCCCAUCAAGGAUGCAUCGGACACAACGUAUUUGCUACGGAUCGAAUCGGUAUUGUGCCAAGCCACCCAAAACAAUUUCUGUGAAGCUGCCACUCAGAAGGAUGCUGAGGCGAAGUCAACUCAGUGGCGAGUGAGAAAACCAUUCCUGCGCAUGAUUGUGGCUGCAUUUGAAGAUGACGUUCGCAAGGCAAUGACAUCUGAAGGCCAAUGCAUGGAACGAGUUGAAUUAGAUGCACGUAACAGCGAAGAACGACCACCAACCUUCUUCGAGGCCUUGGCGAAUAAGUACAAUGAUGACAACUUCAUUGCCAGUACUGAGAUUCUACCUGAACUGCACUUGAACUUCUCUGUGGAGCACGAGAUUUAUCUGAACGAUGUUCCCCAUCCAGUUACUCCUGAUUUCAUCAAGCGCCAGUGGAAUGGCGCUAAGUUGAAACUGAACGAGAUCGUCAACAGCUGGGAAAGAAGCGGUAAUGGCUUUGGUCAAAUAGAUGACACGGAACCGUCUGAAGAACAAGAUUUGACCACUGACAAUUCCAAUCGCCCUUUCGGUCAUGUCAGUGAGGAGCGACUUUUGGCUGGAGAUAACAGGGCAGAGUACUUGCUUGAGCAGCUUGGACACAAGCUUUAUCACCUUUAUCUAUGGCACCUGUCAGACAAGAUGGGCGAACUUGGAAAGGUUGUCACUAGACUGGACCAGAAUAUCGCUGCAAGUGGAGACAAGGUAGCUACAGACACUUCUAAGAAAACAAAGCGCACCAGGAAAGGUGAUGACAGCGACGACUUGAAAGACAUGAGACGUUCUCUUACAAACCCACAGAUGGAACUGUCUUACUAG